CGAUAACUCGCCUUCGGAUACCAAUUUGAGAGCGGAGAUAUCACAGCGAUAUGUGACUUCCCAAGCGCAUCCCAACAGUAAUGUCAGGCGGAACUUUUCGCACAAUCAGCGCAACAGUCAAUACCGCCAACCACGGCUGGAUUCCAAGCAACAUAGAAGCAGUCCGCUGCUGUCACCGCCUAAGCAUAUGCACAGGACAAAGUCGCAACCACACACACAACUUCAUCAAAGCUUCAAGCAUCAUUCGCCGGGUGUCGCACAGUCGCAUCCAAGACUUGCCCUCAAAACUGCCUCGAAUACGAAUUUAACCAUGAUUCAAUCCACACAGCACAGUAGUAGAAGGGUAGAAAUUGAUAGGUAUCAGUCACCGCUAAAGCAACCCAGAAUGGAACAAGAUGGUUGUAUGGCCGAACGAAGUAUGCAACAAGCGCCCUUUGAGAGUCCCUCAUUGGCCAGGCAUGUCAAUAGCAUAACAAAUGCAAGCGGUACGCGCAGCUUGGACGUAGAGCACUUCACGGUCACCAAGAGUUAUGAACAAACCCUAAACCCUAAAACCAAGAGUUAUGAACCACAUGAAGCGAACAUAGACGAGGGCGAUAUAGAGCAAGACUAUGAUCAGCUACCAGACGUCGAUCGGAACAACCAGCCACAGCAAGAGCGUAGGGCUGAUGUCCACUGGACUACUCGUCAGCGUUGUCACUCGGAAAGCACUGCAGUAGAUAUAGAGACGGGCAUGACUGAAAUGCGGGAGGAUACAGAUGAGCCAAAUAUCACUUACUACAGCAAAAGUGCCGACACUAGUAUGAAUAUGGGUGAGCAGCCUCAUAUAGAGGACCAGAUGUACAUCACUACUGAAAAUACGGAUGGGAUCAGUAAUGCUUUCAGAACUUCGAUGCGCACCGGUACAAGCAAUGGUACGAAUAGGGGCAAUGAUACCGGCAUGGGGAUUAGUCGCAGUUUGAGCUCGGAUCAGAGAUUAAAUGCUGAUGGUGGUUGUGCUCAGAGCAUGCAUACCCUGCGCAAUAUUCGACCGGACAGAGCUGAUAGUGAUAAAUACUCGAAAGGUGAACUGAACUAUCCCAUGUAUGCACAACUUGUGCAAGAGACUGUCACAGAGCACGUGGAUGCAAGUGCGGAUACCCGAAACGUACCGAACAUGAACUCCUAUGGCAAUGGUAAUAGUAUACAUACAAAUGCUCAUAGAAAUCGGUUUGCGCCCGAAAAUGGUUCACCGACGGAUCACAGGGCGCAUUCACCGACUAGAUAUCUAUCUCAUGCAGAGCUCCGAGGCGGGCCCACACAUGUGCCGUUGGGGCACGAAACUGAGAUUAUGGGUACGCCGCGGCAGAUGACGAGCUUUUCACACCAGAGUCCCGCAACGGUACAGACUAAGUUGAGGCAUGGGGUGUCUACCCCUACAUUGGUCCUGUAA